AUGGAAAGCGGGGCAGUCCUGCUGGAGUCCAAGUCUUCCCCACUGCACCUGUUGCAUGAGAUGCACGAACUCCGCCUGCUGGGCCACCUGUGUGACGUCACGGUCAGCGUGGAGUACCAGGGCAUGCGUGAGGACUUUGUGGCGCACAAGGCUGUGCUGGCGGCCACCAGCAAGUUCUUUAAGGAGAUGUUCCUCAAUGAGAAGAGCGCAGACGGCGCCAGGACAAAUGUCUGCCUCCACGAGGUGCAGGUGGUCGACUUCGCUUCAUUUCUGGAGUUUGUCUAUACCGCAAAGGUACAGGUGGAGGAAGACCGGGUGCAGCGGAUGCUAGAGACGGCUGAAAAGCUCAAGUGUCUGGACCUAUCAGAAACUUGUUUCCAGCUGAAAAAACAGAUGUUGGAGUCGGUACUUUUGGAGCUGCAGAAUUUCUCCGAGGCUCAGGAGGUGGAAGCCAGUGGCGGCUCUCUGGUCAGCGUGGCACCGGCUCCCAGGACAGGUGGGGCUGUGGACGGCCCUCACCCCAACGGCCUUGGGGACACCUCGGACUGCCUGACGGAGAGGGCCAGUGAUGGCGCGUUGUCAGAUGUGCCCCCAAGGAAAUCCAGGGAGAAGCUGGACAAGAAGAAGGAGGCCGCCAAGCCUCCCUACCCGAAAAUCCGAAGGGCCAGUGGGAGACUGGCGGGAAGGAAGGUCUUUGUGGAGAUCCCCAAGAAGAAGUAUACGAGGAGGCUCCGAGAGCAGGAGAAGAGUGCAGAGGCUGCCGAGGGGGCCUGCAGGUGCCCCCAGGCCCAGAGCCUGGUUGGUGCCAGUGCUGUGGAGCAAGCUGCUAACCCGGAGGGCCAGCUGGGUGCCCAGGGGGAGGUGAUACUGCAGAGGGCAGUUCCCCAGGAGGAGGAGGAGGAAGAGGAGGACAAGGAAGAGGAGGCUGAUGAGGCGGGCCGGAGGCGGAGCAGCUUCAAGUGCGCAGUGUGCACCAAGGCAUUCCUGUAUGAGAAGAGCUUCCUUAAGCACAGCCGGCUGCACCACGGCGCAGCGACCGAUGUGGUGUACCGCUGCGACACGUGCAGCCAGACCUUCGCCAACCGCUGCAACCUCAAGAGCCACCAGCGCCAUGUGCACAGCAGCGAGCGCCACUUCCCGUGUGAGCUGUGCGGGAAGAAAUUCAAACGCAAGAAGGAUGUGAAGCGCCAUGUGCUGCAGGUGCACGAGGGCGGCGGCGAGCGCCACCGCUGUGGCCAGUGCGGCAAGGGCCUGAGCUCCAAGACAGCGCUGCGGCUACACGAGCGCACGCACACGGGUGAUCGGCCGCAUGGCUGCACUGACUGCGGAGCACGCUUCUCGCAGCCCUCGGCGCUCAAGACACACAUGAGAAUUCAUACAGGGGAAAAGCCUUUUGUCUGUGAUGAGUGUGGUGCAAGAUUCACUCAGAACCAUAUGCUGAUUUACCACAAGCGGUGUCACACAGGUGAAAGGCCUUUUAUGUGUGAAACGUGUGGCAAGAGCUUUGCCUCCAAGGAGUACCUGAAACACCAUAAUAGGAUACACACAGGCUCCAAGCCCUUCAAGUGUGAAGUCUGCUUCCGGACAUUUGCACAGCGGAACUCGCUGUACCAGCACAUCAAGGUCCACACAGGGGAGCGUCCCUACUGCUGUGACCAGUGCGGCAAGCAGUUCACCCAGCUCAACGCCCUCCAGCGACACCGCCGCAUCCACACAGGGGAGAGGCCAUUCAUGUGCAACGCCUGCGGGCGGACAUUCACCGACAAGUCCACGCUCCGGCGACACACCUCAAUCCAUGACAAGAACACUCCAUGGAAGUCUUUCCUUGUCAUCGUAGACGGCUCACCCAAGAAUGACGACAGCCACAAGACAGAGCAGCCGGACGAAGAGUACGCAGCACCCAAGCUCGUGGAUAAACUGCUAUCUUUUGCAGAGAAUGGCCAUUUCCACAGUCUGGCUGCAGUCCAGGGUGCUGUGCCUGGUGUUCAGGAGAGCAGCACUGUAGACCCCACCAGCAAGUCAGACAACGCUGUGGUGUCGCAGGACACCCUGCUGGCCACCACCAUCGGUGAGCUCAAUGAGCUUGCCCCGCCAGCAGACCCACUGCCCCCACCGCUCCACUCUCUGACCAGCAUGGACUGAGAGCUGGGGGAUGUGCCCAUAGGUCCCUCCUGCUGGCCUUGACGGGCAUGCUGGACAGCUGCACUCGGCAUAGUGCCAGCUGAGAAUGGUCACUGUUGGGUGCAAAGAUGCUGCAGGGACAGCCCAUACCUCCCAGACUGCUGCUGGCGCCCACCCUUGACCACGGUGUUCUGCUACCUUCCCUUGCGACCCCCAUCUGCAUGACUCUGCUCCACUCACGACAGACGGUGCACGCAGCCUCACGUGCUGGCGUGGGCUGCACAUAUCUAGUUCCAAUGUCCCACGGUCCUGCAACAACUGUCCUCAUGCAGAGCCCGGGCAAGGGUAUAGCUUGUGACCCCGCUGCUCCUGGUCUUCCAGCCUCUCACCUGCCUUAUACUUCCUGUGGGUUGACCUCUCUGCUACUUUCAAGGUACUUUUCUAUCAAGCUAAGAAAACUGGGCCCUGUGUUUUCAGAUGUUUCUUCCCUGUCAAAUUGAAGCCGCUCUGAUGGGCUGCAGGACCCUCACACAGGACCGAAGCGGGGGUAGUUGUGUUCCUUCUCCUCCACGCACAAGGCAGAAGGUGUGACAAACUAAGCACGUGCCGAGCUGCCUCCAGUGUGCCGCCCAGCACAGGUGCUGCUGGGACAAGUCACGAAUCAGCUUUGAAAUGCAAUGAGGCUGUUCAGUUCCUUUCUUAAAAAAAUUCGGAUUAGGUGAAAGCUGUCCUACCAAAGAAUCUAGCCAGACAGUACAAAGAGGUGUGAAAAAUUAGGCAAGAGACUUUCCAGCACUUGAACGUCAUAUCAUUUUAUCUGUAAGAUGAGGUGAUUGUGGCAAAUUUUAGGACACAGAGUAUUUGUGUUUUUGCCAGGUUUUUCUGACUUGAUAUCUAUAAUUUCCAAAAACCAGACUUCCUCAUUUCCACAAUCAGAGAUUGAAACAGGCCAGUUCCAGCCACAAUGACGGCUUUCUUAGGGCACGUGAGGACACAGCAGAAGGGACCAAAGCCUGGACACUGACCUCUGAUUAUGCCUUAAAGGGUGGGUUGUGAGAGCCAACUGCUGUCCUAAGUGCUCCUUUGCUGUUCCAUACGGAACUUCAUUAAUACUCAGAAAAGCUCACACUGAAAAGAUGACUGUGCUGGACUUGCUAAACGUGACAGCUGGUUCUGAGCCUGGGGAGCAUGUCAUGAGCUUGUGAAUACUCUAACUCAUGUGUAACCCCUAACAUGUUACUUUACAAGAGAACUUGAAGGAGGUUCACAGUUUGCUCACCAGUUGCUUUCUGUUUAUUUUUAAUUUAUUAAACUUGCUGUGAAAACUUGAUUUUCCAAGAGGAAGGAGUGUGUCCUUAAGUGCCACGACAGAGACUCAGCUGCACUGUCAGAUGCCAAGAAGGGGGGCUUUCUUCCCGAGUGCUGCUUUUAUUUUCAUUUUUAACACAUUAGAUAGUGAACCAUUAUAAGGGGUUCCACACCUGCCCCUGAAGGUCACAGAACUGAUUCCUUCACGUCAGUCAUGACAGUGUCACUGUAGCCUUGUUCUGUUUAAGGAACAAACAAGUAGCAAGUGCCACACAAGCAUUUCACUCUUGGUAAGAGGAGGUUGACCAUGCCCUGCCAACACACUGUUUAUGGAAUAAAGUCACUGGAUGAGAAGGAAUUUAAACAAUAGACUAUUUUGUUACCUACUGGAAGUUUUUUUUUUAAAAUUUGUUUCUUUAGAAGUUCUACAGAAGAUUGUCAAUAAAUGUCUGCUUUGUAAAAGUU